GGAGAAGAACUCGAGCCAUGACGGUUCCGAGAAGAGAGAAAUUUUUCAAAAAUCAACAUUGCAGCAGGAGAGAAAGAGCAAGAACCCUAAUCGAUUACGUGCUUUUAUUAGUCCUACUUUUUUUCAUCGUUCCUUUUUCCACUGAUAAUCUCUAAAAUGGCGAGUGAGCGUUCCCAAUCUUCCUCGCCGUCGCCAUCUCAAUCUCCGUCAUCUCUACCUUCUCCGUCGCUGGGCAACAAUGUCGGCGAUACGUUCAUCGGGAGCUUCAUCAGUCUAAUUUCUAACUCCGAGAUCCGUUACGAAGGCACUCUAUACCAUCUCAACGUUCAGGACUCGACGCUAGGUCUUAAGAGCGUAAGAUCUUGUGGAACGGAGGGGAGGAAGAAAGAUGGACAGCAAAUUCCUUCAUGUGAUACAGUUUACGAUUACAUUCUUUUUCGAGGAAGUGACAUCAAGGAUCUGCAAGUUAACCCUUCUCCAUCUGCACAGCCACGACAGGAGAUUCAAAGUGAACAGAACAUCAAUCAGGCUUCUCAGUCUAGGCCAGCUAUAAGCUCUCCUCUUUCUGGCUAUGAGAGUGGUUACGGUUCAGGGAGAGGAGCACAAUGGGCACAUACACCUGCUUUGAGUAGUAAACCGGUUCCUGCCACACAACAUUCCUCUGUCCCUUUAAGCUUCCAGCCUCCUUCAGCUAAUGGUGGAAGCUUGACAGAAUCAUCAGCAAGCCUAAUUGGUUCAGCAAACACUUCUCAGGGAACUCAAAGUAAUGCUGGUCGGUCUAUGCCCAUGCCUUCUUUUGUGCAAGGAAAUAAUAAACUAGCUUACAAUGGUCUCCCUCUUGGUAUGGUGCACCAGGCAGAUUCAUCUCACUCUACUACGAAGCACAAUGGUCCACAUAUUAUAGAUAUUUUUUCUUCACCAAUUAUGGGUUUAGUAGAUGAUUCAUCACAGGUUGUUACUCGUACACCUGACGUUGCUACUAACCCUUCCCCCCUUGGUCAAGCACAACGCCAUUCUACACCUGGACUUGCUUCAUCACCCUCCGACGUUUCUCCACUAUCUUCUGCUCCAUAUAUUCAGAACAGUUUCCCCAUUGCACCCCAGGCUGUUGGCAAAGGCGUCUAUGACUCUCGGUUUAACCAUCAGAACCGAUCUGUACCGUAUGAGUUAACCGCUGUGACUUCUCAUUCAGGUCCUUUAAUCCCUGGUCCUUUUGUGAACCCGCCUCAGUCAUUCUCCGGCAUGAGGCCGUUACUGCAAUCUAGGCAGCAGAUGGUCAAUAGAGGUCAAGAGAUGUUUGCUGCAACUAACCCGUUAUCAGUGGAUGCGCCAUCUCGAAGUCUUGCUCCCACAUAUCAAGCGCCAUUGCUGCCUCUUCCAGUUUCAGCUCAUCAGUCUCGGAUCCCUAGCUCUAGCAUUGAGUUCACUGAAGAAUUUGAUUUUGAGGCAAUGAACGAAAAGUUCAAGAAGAGUGAACUAUGGGGUUUUCUUGGGAAAAACAAUCAAAUGAAUCAGAGGGAAGAAACUCCAGUUGAGCCAAGCGAAGAAGGGAAGGCAAAGCAGUCAAACAUUUGUGUUUGCUUGUUGCAGCCUGCUUAUAACAAGGAUGACUUUUUCGAUACAAUCUCGUGCAAUCCACUUGACCGUAUGGCAAGAAGCGGACAACAGCAACAACAACACAUCCAGUUUCCCGAGCACAUGAGACAAGAUCCUGGGGUAUUUGGUAACCAUUUUCAAAGGCCACCUCCACCACAACCGGGUCAGGGUGCAUAUCUCGCUGCACAAAACAAUUACAGAGGCGGAUAUAAUAAUAACAACAACAACAAUAACAACUACUACUCAAAUUCGGGUUAUGGUUACUACUCUGGUGGUAGAGGCCGAGGCAGAAACACACAUUUCUAACCUGCUGAUGUUUUCUGUCUUGCUUUGUUGGGUCACUCGCGCACUCGCAAUACCUUAGUUCAUCUCUCUUAUGGAGUUCAGUUUUUUUUUUGUUUAAGGGUAAAAAACAGUUUUAUAGUAACCAUGGUUCGGAUUGGUAACACUUUAAAAUUGAGGAAAUGACACGGUGAAAUUAGACGAAUUGAUUGCACAAAUUGUGAGGAAUAUACUGGAAUGGCAAAAUAUUAAUAUUUAAAAAUAAAUUUUCACUAUAA